GGAUCAUACUCAACGUUAGGCAGUGGCCCCAUCUACAAAGUGCCCUCGCUGCCCGCCCCGAGGCCGGCUCUCCGGGCACAGGGCGAUGAGACUGGCAGGUACCGGGCACGUAAACAAGAAGACAUGUCAGAGGCAAGACCCAUUUCUGGGGACGUUUUCACUGAGACCUUCCUGCACCAGCAGGCCCUGGGAGCUCCCGUCAUUACUGAGCCCGUGGGGGAAGAGGACCUCCCUCCCGUGGGUGACUUGGAUCUCAUGGAAUGCCUCGAGGGCAGUAACCAGGUGGCCCUGCGGUUGGCCUGCAUUGGAGAUGAGAUGGACCUCCGUCUCCGGAGCCCCCGUUUGGUCCAGUUGCCUGGGAUGGCCAUGCACAGCCUGGCUGUCACCUACGGCCAGACAGGUGUCAGUGGUGUUCUUAGAAGCUUGGUCCAUGGCCUCAUUGACCUCAGCAAGAACCUAAGGUGCUGGAGUCUCCCCACCCCUAGCGCUUGGGUGCACCGUGGCCAGGUCUGCAGGCAGCUGCCGCCCCUGCUGCUGGCCCUCCUGCUGCUGGGUGGAGCCCUGCACCUGCUGCUUCAGUGAAGCCCACUGGGGGCAGGGCUGGUUCCUGCCCCUCGACCACCACCCUGGAGGUGCCGGUGCCCUGUUGGCUUUGUUCUUAACUGGUGUUUUCUGACAGCUUUUUUAUAUUUAAACUCAAGA